AAAUGCGCGGAGGCGGGACCUUUGUCCUCCUGGGCGGAGGUUGCAGCAGGGACGGGGUUGGGUGGGACGCCGAAAUGGCGACGUUUCUGCUAAUCUCCUGCGGCCGUACUGCCGUGCUCAAGACUUUUAAGUUGCAAGCAUGGGGGCUUCGAAGUGUACCUCCUGCUGUUUCUCUCUGCACCAAACCAGGGGAUGCUAAGGAAGUCUCCAAAAAAAAUAAAGGUGAGAUCAUAAUUAACACUAAGCCUGAUGCUGCUGUAAAAUUAAAAGAUGAAGAUCUGAGGAAACACUUGGCUAAGAAAACUGUGGUAAAAUUUCCUCAGAGAGCAAAGCUUCCUUGUCUUGAGGGACAGUCUGUUGUUUCCUCAACAGCAGGCUUGGAGAAGAAGAAGAAGGGAGAUGAAGAGAAAUCCUCUUCCUCAAGCUCUGAGUCAGAUUCUAGCUCUGAUUCUGAUGAGGAAGAUUCCGCCUUCAAAGAUACCAUAAAAACCAAAGUAUCAUUUCCAAGUCGAGAUCCCCCCUCUUCUGGUGAUAGAACGAAGAAAGCAAAGAUAACAAGUGAAAAACACUUUCCCCAAGAGCAGGUCAAAGGCAAAGCAGCUGAGAAGCUCCCUUAUAGUCCUGGAUUCACAGAAAUCCCCGUGCAUCAAAAGGAGGUGCAUCAGACAACAGCCGGUGACGAAUUGUUAUGGUCAGAUUUGUCAAAGUCUGCCACAAACCGAAGACACGAAGAAGCUCAUUUAAAGAGCACAAACGUUGGAACAAAAGUUGCAGAGAGUCAGAGGCCGGCAGACAAAGCUAAGCAGCUGGAGGAAUCUCUCCCUGAAGCAUCUCCCCCUGGAGCAACUUCAAGUAUAUUGUCUAGAACUCAGUCAGUGCCUCAACAAAAUGCAGCUCAAAAUCUGACUUUGCCAAGACAGGGGGGAAGUGUGGCAAAGGAGGCACAAAAGACUGACAUGCAAGGAAGAAGUGCUGCUGUGCCACAAGGAGAGGUUUUGGAUGGCAGAGUGCCAGCGGCAGAAACCACAGUGAAGGAGGAGAUUGCCCUGGAAGCAGGAGUUCAGACUGAACAACAAAGCACUAUACAGGAGGCCGAGCCGCCAGUUGAAACUGCUCCAGAAACAUUUGACACGUCUACCUACAAGAAUCUGCAGCACCAUGAUUAUACAUCAUAUACCUUUGUGGAUUAUGACGUUCAGCUUGCAAAAUUCAGGCUGCCUCAGCCAUCAUCUGGGAGAGUAUCUCCACGACAUUGAAUCAAAUGUGGAAAUGCACAAACAAAUUAAUUCUGACAAUGAAGGAAUAUCCAUGCUACAAUUAAAGUGCUGCAAAUGAGUUUGCUGGCUGUCAGUUUUUUAAACACACGGAGCCCCUUUGAGAAGUUACAAAAUCAGGUUUUAGUUCUAACAAUAAUAUCCCACUGUGUAUUCUCAGUGGCACACUUGCAUUGCUUAAAUUAUCUAGAAAAUCCCUGCUUAGGAAAUCCAUUCAGAUCACCUAUCAAUUGAGACUAAACUCAAAUAGAUAAGGCAAAUAAUACUGCAUUCUCAAUACAGGCAACUCCCAGCUUAUGUGGGGAGUUGUGUUCUGAGGCAUCGUGCAUUUAUGUGAAAUGCAUAUAUUUGAAACACUGUCUAAAAAGCCUGCAAACACCCUCUAAACCAGGCAUCCCCAAACUUCGGCCCUCCAGAUGUUUUGGACUACAAUUCCCAUCAUCCCUGACCACUGGUCCUGUUAGCUAGGGAUCAUGGGAGUUGUAGGCCAAAACAUCUGGAGGGCCGCAGUUUGGGGAUGCCUGCUUUAAACCUCUGGAAACCCUUGAAAAACCUCUUUUAAAACUCCACUUUCAUUUUUUCUUUUUAAAAAAUUAAUAUAAUGAAACUUCUUUUGCUUGUGUUUAGAAAUAUGUAGACCAAGAUGAAGAAGAAUAUGAAGUUAGCUAGUUGACUCUGCUAGCCACAUAUAGCUUUAGGUAGCUAUAACUCUGGCCUAGUGGGACUAAUUUGAAGUGUUUCAUUAUUAGUUGAAAGCAAAGCAGAUGCCAUAUGUGAGUUGACUCCAGGCUUAGGUUGCAAUCCUAACUAGGCAUACUCUGAUAUACAUCCCAUAGAAUUCAGUGGGGUUAGGACUGCAGCUUUAUUCGAGCUUAGAGUAGACCUGUUGAAAUAUGUGGGAUAAGUUGGUUGUGACUAACUGAAGUCCAAUUGAUUUUAGAGGGUCAAUCAAUCAAUUUAUCUUUACUGUGGUCAAAGAUCAGACAGCAACGUUAACAGCAACAACAUAUACCACAUCUGCAUGAAAAAGCAGGUCUACAUUAAGCAUGGCUACCUCUGGAUCCAACUUGCAUGCAUGUGUCUACAACUGUUCAUGUGUCAGCAAGUGAAUAAGAUGCAUUAUGUGUUGAGAGAGAUGGACAUGAUUUUAGAGCUGUGUUCCUUUAGCAUUUAAAUUUUAUAUCUCUACUUUGCCUUUCUUCUGUUCCCCUCCCCAACCAUGCCUGAGGUAACUUACACAACGGCCAUGUUUGUUUGUGUCUCAUUGUUCCAUGUUGUACAAACUAUUGUUAAAACCGGAAUUAGCUUGCAUGCUCCAAUUCUGCACAAUUGGGAGGAGAUUAGAAGCUUCCAGUUUUGUCUAACACUGGUUUAUUGCUUCAUUUGGACCAACAAAAUGUGGUUAACAUUAACAAUAGUUCUGUUCAAAUCAGCCAACUUCAAACCAUAGUUACUAAGUUGGUUUGUUUUAAAUUUCCCAUAUUUCAGAUUAACCACAGUACUUUGUCUGAAUAAUGUGGCAAGUUAUGAUUAAUGGUUAAGCAAACUGAGGGCUGUUCAGCUUCUUCUUUCCAAGGCUCGGGAAUGUUCCUGGACCAUUGGUCCUUAAGUCUUAAAAAUCCCCUUGGUUUUUUUUU